AAUAGACCAAUCAUCAUCAAUCGGCCAAAAUGAUGAAAAUGCAAAUAGCCAAUGAGCAGGACCGGAAGGAGGCGCAGAACAGAGAGAGACGGCGGCAGUGCGAGCUAGAGAGAAGAUCGAGGAUUUUUAAUGCUAGGAACAGGAAGAUUGGGGUGGAUCUUCCAUUCCUGGAGCGGCAGGUGGCGGAGAAGCGAGCUGAACGAGACGAGCAGCACCGGCGCGACCUCGCGUUUGCCGCGCAGAUGAUCAAGGACAGCAAUCUGGCUAAGGUGCUGGAGGCUAGAGAACAGGAGGAGCGUCGGCGCAUCGGCGCAGAGAUCGACAACUAUCGCACGCUUUACCAGCGUCCGCAGGACCGGCGCGAGUUCGACCUCAACGACCCCGACGUGCUCAAGAAGCAGCUACCACCAAGGGCCAGUGACGUCAUCGGCAUGUCCAGUGCGCAGAAAUUCGAGGGUGAAGAUCUGGAGUACGAAGAGCGCAAGAAGAUCAUGGCCGUGCAGAAGAACUCGUGGCUGGAGCAGCAGGUGCAGGAGCGGAAGGCUGCUGAGGAGGAGCGCAAGGCGGCGGAGGCUGCGUACAUGAUGGCAAUAAAAGCGCGUGACGCUCGAGCGAGCGAGUUGGACAGAAUGGAGGGCGAGUGCCGCUACCGACUGGGGCAGGCCAACCUGAGAUACAACGAGGCGUUGGCUGCAGAGCGCAAGCAGCUGGAACAGGUCCUCAAAGAGCAGGAAGACGCGGACAACACAGCGGAGAUGUACAACAACUUGACCUCAGACAUGCUCACGGAGAACCCAGAUGUCGCUAAGAGCGCCCUCGGCAAGAACAGGGCCAUUGGUUUCAUGUACAAGGGCAUGAACCCAGAAGAGCAGAAGAAAUUUUACGCGGCUCAGAAAGAACAGAUGGCUGCUGCAAAGGCUAAGCGCGAAGCCGACGAGAAAAUGGAAGCGGAGUGGCAGGCGCUCGCCAAGUCCAUACAGAACGAAGUGGCGCGACAGGACAUCCAGGAACAGAGGAGACGCAGGGAAAUGGCCCGCCAACUAAUGGAGGAGAACCAGCUGUUGGCCAUGGCUCAGAAGGAGAAGGAGAAAUACUUCCGCGAGGUGGUCAACAACAACACGCCCACCGACCUCUACUACUCGCAGUUCAACACUACCACUAGAUAAAAUGUAUCGA